AUGUCUUCCAGUGAAGAGGAAUGCGCGACAGCCACUGCAGAAGGAACCUCCAAACGUCGAAGGUCCUGCGAUGCUUGUCGGAAGAAGAGGGGUAGAUGUGACGGUAGAAAUAAUCCGUUCAUGCAAUGUUCAAAUUGCCAUUCUCAAGGUUUACCGUGCACGUAUGUUGCCGAAUCCACGAGGCGGGCCACUUCGAAGCGCUACAUCAGCAGUCUCGAGAACAAAAUAGAGAGGUUGGAUGAAGUUCUCCGACGACUAUGCCCAGAUGACAGGAACUACGACGAUUGGAUCGACUCCUUGAAUGAAGAUCAAGUCCACCCCCCAACUCCAGCCUCCAUGGCAUUUCCUCCUCGGAGUCUGUUACAACCAGAGCCCUUCGAAAGCAUAACCAAGGUCAUCCGUAUCUCCAUCUCUCACGAUUCAUCUCAGCCCCCUGGUCGCCUGGAAGAGGACGACGACCCGAUGGUCGUUGCAUCAAGCAGCCUUCACACCAAACGCUUCUUUGGCAAAUCCAGUCCGGAAGUUCUCAUCCGCACAGCACUCACCAUGAAGAAAUUGUAUGCCGGGAGUCAUCAUAGCCCAGAUCAACCUAUCUUGUCGAAGAGACGGGAAGAGUUCUGGGCGCCGCGGCCGUGGGAAAGGAAGGCGGACGCGUCAGUUCCGCGACAGAAAUACGACUUCCCACCGACCGACCUCGCGAUAACGCUCACAGACCUGUAUUUCGAGCACGCCAACCUGUAUCAUCCCCUCCUUCAUCGGCCGUCGUUCGAGAGAUCGGUCCGGGAGGGCCAGCAUUACAAUGAUGAGGGUUUCGCAGAAGUCUAUCUCCUUGUUUGCGCAAUUGGAUCGCGGUUCUCGGAGGACGCUCGGGUGCGUAUGGACGGGGUCGGUUCACAGCAUUCAGCAGGGUGGAAGUACUUCAACCAAGUCGAGUGCAAAACGUCCUUCCUCGCACUACCAUCCUUGUACGAAGUCCAAUCGUAUUGCUUGACCAUAUAUUUCAUCCUGUUCUCUUCAACACCGCAAGCUACGUGGCCUCUGAUCGCCAUCGCCAUUCGUCUGGUCCAAGAUGUUGGUGUUCAUAGAUGGAAAGCGACGGCACCGACAGCGGAGGACGAGCUUUGGAAACGGGCGUUCUGGUUUCUCCUCUAUCUCGAUAGGAUGGUGUGCCUUUACCUUGGCCGCUCGUUGACCCUUCACGACGAAGAUUUCGAUGUCGACUAUCCCAUCGACUGCGAUGACGAGUACUGGGAACACCCGGAUCCCCGGCGCCGGUUUGUGCAGCCUCCCAACAAGCCCUCCCUGGUUACUGCCUAUAUCUUGCAGCUGAAGCUGAUCAAGAUUUUGGGAGCUUGUAAUCAAGCGCUGUACCCGCUGAAAAAGAUAUUCAACCACCUUGGACUGGCCAGCGCGGACGUUAGGGCGCAUAUUGUGCCGGAGCUGGAUUCAAGUGUGAAUACCUGGUUAGAAACGUUGCCCGACCAUCUUCGCUGGGACCCAAAUCGUCCGAGCGACAAGUUCUUCCAUCAGUCCGUGAUGCUCCACGCCUUAUGUUGCUACACACGGAUUUUUAUCCAUCGUUCUUUUUUCACGCCACCCAACGCACAGACGUCGAUACGUUUCCCGUCGCUCGCGAUAUGCACUACCGCAGCUCGGUCUUGUAUCAACGUCGCGGACAUCCAGCUUCAACGAGGUGUUCCUCUGUCCCCGAUAGUUCAGGUAACCUCGUUUACCUCGGCCGUCUUGAUCUUAGUCGGGAUUUGGGCCGGCAAGAAAUCUGGAAGUUUUGGGUCAUCUUCUCUGGAGGAGCACCCUGAUAUGGAGAGCGUACGCACGGCUAUGCGUAUCUUCAAACAAACGGAAGGGGUGUGGCUUCAGGCGGGGAAGUUCUGGGACAUCCUGUCGGUACUUUCCUCCACGAGGGAACACGCCAAUCAGGAGUCGAGUCCGAGAGACGUCGGGAUGUCUUUAUCGUCGUAUUCGAUGACGGGGUAUCCCCAGGUGCCUGGUCAGGACGUCCAUAUGGGCCUCCUCAACGACCUGCUUACCAGUUCGCCAGGUGGAGACGCGGGAUUAUGGCACUCUUCGGGCAGUUUGCCUUCGGAGACUGGCCUUGAGGAUCUUGCAAAAGAUUGGCUUUUGCCUUUCGAGUUAUUCACGCCGUCGUCCUGUAUCAAUGACGCUGACGUGCCCGUGACUGGCCUAGAGCAGCAACGCCAUCUGGGUGCAGGAGGUAACAGCACGAAUAACUUCGGUGUCGUGGAGAACGAAUUGGAUAAUCUGUUGGCCGCCCAUGGGGAGGUCGACUGGCAGGCAUAUGUGGCACGUUUGUGGCAAUAG